AUGCUCUCAGUCGCUGUCGCUGGGUCGUCCUCGGCGGUGCAAUCCUUCGCAGCACCAAUACUUCUCUUGACAGCUCUUGACCUCUCAACCUUCAACAACAACCAACAUCUACAAGUGACUCCCUCGCUUGCAUCAGAUCCAGCUCAGUCCAGUUUUCUCGCCCUCCGAUUGAUUUUCCCCGUCCCCAUGGCCCCACAGUUAAGGGAGAAAUCGAAAGCUACUCCAGCCAAACCCGAAUCAUCAAAAACUGACGAUGAACGCGAGCUCUUUGUGGAAAUCCACUCCCAACACGUGAAACCAGACGAUCUUUGGAAAAACCUUCUUGACACUGCUGGACUGGAAAAGGUGCACGAGCACACCGACCAACUAGCCAGGGUGUUUGACUUUGUGAACCUGGCCACGGCACGCCGCGCAAUUGUUGCCUCGCGCUGGAGCGAUUUUACCGCAGGGGAAACGGGAUCCUGGAAAUUGCUCCAAAAGGAGCUUGGAAUAAACAAAAAAGACCAUGUCGAUAGGACGGAGACACUGAUCCGGCGUGCCUACUUUGUCCGAUUCCCCGAGCGCGACGCUUCUAAAUUGGAUGGAGAUCAGAUGCUUGCUGAAAUUGAAGGUUCCCCCGCUCCCGCCAAAAAUGUACUCGACGCGGCACAAACGUCAUCAAAAAUUGAGGAAAAACGCGAGCUCUUUGUGGAAAUCCACUCCCAACACGUGAAACCAGACGAUCUUUGGAAAAACCUUCUUGACACUGCUGGACUGGAAAAGGUGCACGAACACACCGACCAACUAGCCAGUGUGUUUGACUUUGUGAACCUGGCCACAGCACGCCGCGCAAUUGUUGCCUUGCGCUGGAGCGAUUUUACCGCAGGGGAAACGGGAUCCUGGAAAUUGCUCCAAAAGGAGCUUGGAAUAAACGAAAAAGACCAUGUCGAUAGGACGAAGACACUGAUCCGGCGUGCCUACUUUGUCCGAUUCCCCGAGCGCGACGCUUCUGUAUUGACUGAUCAAGAGAUGCUUGUUGCACUGGGGUUUCCCAGCGCCGCCGAACAGAUAGUUGCGACACCACAGAUCAACUGGUCGACCGAAAUCGUCCAGCAAGGGUUCGACGCAGAAUAUCAGGGACACGAUCUUAUUGUUAUCCCAACCCUAGAAACUCUACAACUUUAUGCAGAAAUCCACUGGCCAGCCCCCUCGUUCCGACCUAGCUACACACUUUACCCCAGUGAAACCAAUACCGAACAUGAUUCAGCACUAUUCCUACCUAAUCAUCGCAAUUCUCAAGGCGGUGUAUGA